CUACUCCUCUGCGUGCACAGCGAUCGACGAAGAAGGAGCCGGUCAAUAUGCCUCUCUACGAGCUCUUUUGUAUCGCGGCCUCUUCAGAGUCUUCUGCGCCCUUCCGCGAUCUGAUUCGCUCGACCUCGCGUCUCAUCAUGGACCACGGCGGUGCCGUACGAGGUGUUCAGUACUGGCAGCGCCGAGCGCUGGCCCAGCGGGCGCGGCGACACCAGCAGUAUCACGAGACGGGCGACCACUUUCUUCUGCACUUUGACACCAACCCUCGGAUUCUCAACCAGCUCUCCAGCCGCCUUCGGGCCGACCCGCGCGUGAUUAAGUGGACGACACUCAAGUUGGGAGAGCGGCUAGACCAGAUCACACCAAAGACGAUGGCAGGGUCAGAGAACAUCGAUGGGCACCCGCCGCAGAUGGGGGGAGGACGAACGGUGAAAUACUCCAACACGAACAUGUAGAAAGGUUGCAUCAACGGUUUCCAUUGUUGUGUAAUUGUACAGUACAGUAUUGGCUCUCAGCCUGUGAAACAUCAUACUCGAGCCACAAAUGCGCUCAAAUCUUUUUUGUGC